UCUGCUUAAAUGGCCGACUGGAGUCAGAGCGGCUCAAGACACUUGUCGCCUCCACCAUCUCCCUCCCUCGAGAUCGCUUCCACACGACACUCCUACACGGCUACACUCACUCCACGGAAGAACAGGGAACAAUUUUAGGGAAAAAAAGUUUCAUUUAACCUCGGAACGGUCCCUGGCAAUCUAUUUUGAGCAGAGGUUUAUCAUGAGAGAAGACAUUAGAAAGUUUCUUCCUUUUUUCUGUUACAGAGUUUCCCUCUAAGAAGCUGUCUCUUCCUUUUUGCUGAAAACAACUCAUGAUCUACUUGCUACUAGUAUUAGUUCAGUACGAUUGCUGUGCAAGAAAAGAGUUUCCUUAAGUAAAGCCUCUUUCGUCAGCUUGAAGAAGUCUUCAUUCAAAAUUCAAAAAAAGAUGAGAUCGAGCAUGAACUUCAAGGGCUACGACGAAAGUGACAACCGCAAUUCCAUCGGGAAUGGAAUCAAGCCACCUACAAAUCUCACACUCCUGAGGCAACCUUCAAUAUACUCCCUCACUUUUGAAGAGUUUCAGAGCACAAUAGGUGGGCUUGGAAAGGACUUCGGCUCAAUGAACAUGGAUGAACUCUUGAAGAACAUAUGGACAGCUGAAGAGACUCAAUCACUGGCUGUGUCAUCUUCAGCUAACGGAGGACAAGGUGGUAAAAACAACACCAUCAUCAACAACGACUAUUAUUAUAAUAACCCUAAUGGUAAUUUGCAGAGACAAGGGUCACUUACUUUGCCAAGAACUCUUAGUCAAAAAACUGUUGAUGAGGUUUGGAGGGACUUGAUGAAAGACAGUGGUGGGGCUAACAGUACGAAAGAUAAUAGUGGUGGGGUUGUUCCUUCUGCUUCUGCUUUGCCUCAGAGGCAACAAACUUUAGGUGAAAUGACAUUAGAGGAAUUUUUAGUAAGAGCAGGCGUUGUCAGAGAAGACAAUAAUGUGCCUCUUCAAGUUGGAAGACCUCAUGGCAACCAAUGGUUCAAUGGUGAAAAUACUGGUUUGAUGCUUGGGUUUCAACAGGCAAACGGGAAUUUGGGUAACACUAAUACGAUGGUGAAUAGCCAUAAUCCAGUUCCCAAACAACCUUCCACACUGUCAUUACAGGUAAACACUGCUAACCCUACCCAGCACCAGCAGCCACCGCUUUUCCCCAAACCGCCAAAUGUGGCUUUUGCCGCCGCCGCCGCGGUUGGUCCGAUGCAUUUGUUGAAUAAUUCUCAGCUUGACGGGAGGGGAGGAAUGAUUGGAGUUCAGGGAGGUGGUUUGACGGUGGUGAAGUCUCCGACGAGUCAGAUAUCGUCGCCACCGGAGGUUGUGACGAGGAGUAAGGGGGAUGCGUCGUUGCAUUCGCCAGUAUCGUAUGUGAUUAACAGGCCCAGGAAGAGCAAUCCGUUAGAGAAAGUGGUGGAGAGGAGACAGAGGAGGAUGAUAAAGAACAGAGAAUCGGCUGCCAGGUCUCGCGCUCGUAAGCUGGCCUACACUAUAGAACUGGAAGCUGAAGUUACUAAACUGAAGGAAUUGAACCAAGAACUAAAAAGAAAGCAGGCUAAAUUUGUGGAAAUGCAGAACAAUAAUCAGGCUUUGGUGACACUGAAAGGGGCAUGGGGAGGUAAAAGACAGUGCUUGAGAAGGACACUUACAGGACCAUGGUAGACUCCCGAUGCAACUAGGACAUUUGCUUUUGAUCGCUUUAGAAUAUUUGCAGCAAUCGUUACUUCAAUCUCUUCAGAAACAUGAGUUAUUGGUAAUUAAGAGAACCAGUAUAUGAUAUAAAGACUCAUUACAGGAUAGCGCAACGGAAGGCUUGUCACAUCAAACAGAGAUGUGUUGAACUUCUUGGUUGUAUACCUGUAUUAUCAUUGGCACUGCCCCAUCAACUGUUUCAAGAGAGGAGUUUUUAUCUAGUCGGCUUUUUUAUCAAUAUACUACAAACACUAAAAAAAAUUACUUAAAUACUGCAAUGUGAAAAGUAUUUAUUAAAAUGUUACACCAAAAAUUGUUUAGAUGAAAAAUGAGUUUGAAGUUGUGAACAAGUCAUUUAAGUAAAGAAUGAUUUUAGAGUCAAAAAUUAUUUUUUUAUUUAAUGAAAAGUGAAAUCAUUCAAGUUAGGAGCGAUUUUAGGUGAAUGACUUUAGCUUUUUUAAUUGAUAUGACAUUUUAUUUACUUUCGAGAAUCUUUGAUAUUGGAGAUAUACCUGAUGAUGGAUUCAACAUAUUGGUAAUGAUAUUGGGUAUAUGAUAAGUUUUUCACCUUCUUCCAUUUAUACCAUCUUUUUUCCUUUAAAAAAAGUGUUAUAAUCUAAUAUAUUAUUAUUUAUUUUAGAUUGACAUAGUAGAUGGGUUAUACAAGCUAGCAAUUAAUUAUCAUUUAGAAUGUUGUCAUUGCAU